GGAGCCGAGGGUCCCCGGGAAGCCCCAACGCGUAGACUUUUGGGAGUUGUAGUACUAAUCCAAUCAGAGCUGGAACCAUGGCGGUGACGAAGGAGCUCUUACAAAUGGACCUGUACGCGCUAUUAGGUAUUGAGGAGAAGGCGGAGGACAAAGAGGUGAAGAAGGCAUAUAGACAGAAGGCCCUCUCCUGCCACCCAGACAAAAACCCGGAUAAUCCAAGAGCAGCUGAACUCUUCCACCAGCUUUCUCAGGCCUUGGAGGUACUGACCGAUGCUGCCGCCAGGGCUGCGUAUGACAAGGUCAGGAAAGCCAGGAAGCAGGCGGCAGAGAGGACCCAGAAACUUGAUGAGAGAAGGAAGAAAGUAAAGCUCGACCUGGAGGCCCGGGAGCGGCAGGCCCAGGCCCUCGGCAGCGAGGAGGAGGAGGAAAGCGGGAGCACCAGGACACUAGAGCAGGAGAUCGAACGCCUGCGAGAAGAGGGUUCCCGGCAGCUGGAGGAACAGCAGAGGCUGAUCCGGGAGCAGAUACGCCAGGAACAGGAGCAGAGGUUGAGAGGAAUGGCAGAAAAUCCUGAAAACAAAGAAACCCCCAAGCUAAAGCUCAAGUGGAAGAGCAGGAAGGAAGCUGAGUCACAAGGUGGCUAUUCCAGAGAUGUCCUCCUGCGGCUCUUUCAGAAGUAUGGAGAGGUGCUCGACCUGGUGCUCUCCAGUAAGAAGGCAGGCACUGCUGUGGUAGAGUUUGCAACCGUCAAGGCUGCGGAGCUGGCUGUCCAGAAUGAAGUGGGCCUGGUUGAUAACCCUCUGAAGAUUUCCUGGUUGGAGGGACGGCCCCAGAGUGCGAUGGGCCACAACCACCCAGGACUGUCCCGGGUGCACCAGCUUGGGGUACUACAAGAAGCUCUCUGCUCUGCAGCUCCCCCUGACCUGGCUUGCUUCUGUGCCACUUCUGGUGGGCUUCACCUGUAUUCACACAGCUUCAGCUGCAAGGAAGGGAGGAAGUGGAUCUAAGACCCACUGCAGACCUUAUCAGGGCAUGAGGGCUCAGUGGUGUCCGAGAGGGACUACGAGAGCCUUGUCAUGAUGCGCAUGCGCCAGGCAGCUGAGAGGCAGCAGCUGAUCGCCCAG